AUGGUCAUUGGGCUAGUCACAGGAACUACUGCUGUUCCGAGAGAAUCACAGCCGCCAGCCUACAAAUCUCGUCACGAUGCAGAAGGGCCAGCGUGGAUUCGACAUGGUGAACGAACUCCUACUCAGUAUGUCUAUUUCCCAAACGAAUCACCUCCUGUAAGGUACACUGAAGCAGAACCUGCUGAACUCACUAAUAGAGGAAUUCAGCAAGCCUACGAACGUGGUGAAUUUAUAAGGAACAAUUAUGCGGAUUUUCUCGGUGAUGUGUAUCUUCCAUCACAGAUUCACGUAUGGAGUGGUGAGAACAAUCGCAGUGUCGCUUCUGCUCAAGCACUACUAGCCGCUCUCUAUAAGCCGGAUAAUGCUCAUAGAUGGUCGAACACAUUGGAUUGGCAACCGGUUGCUGUACACAUUGAUCCAACCACUGAUUGGGUUGAUGUAACAAUCGAUCGCGUGUGCACAACUUAUAAAUCCAAAUUGUUUGAACUGCCUGAAUAUCAAAACAUUCUAAACACUUUCGAUCCGUCAUUGAUUGAUUUUCUGGAACGCAACACCGGUGUUGCUAUAAAUUCGCCACUUGAAUUGAAUCUCGUCAUGGACACACUGGUAACAAAGCUGAACAUGAACGAUUCACGACUCCCAUUUCCGAAAUGGGCCGAACCAAUUCGUGACAACGUCACAGAGUUAAACACGAACCUUCAUCAACAACUGGCUGAUGCCCAGCGGAAUACGGCUGGAAAGUAUCACGCGGAACUCCUUAUGUCUUACAUAGAAGACCACGUCGCUCGACAGAACAGCACGAGAAGUAAGGCAGUGCUUAUUUCAGGGCAUGACACGAACUUUUUGGCUAUUGGACGACAAUUGAAUAUUACUCCACUAGCCAAUGAAAUGGUACCAUAUGCGAGUCUACUCGUCGUUGAACUUCACCUAGUCAAUGGCACAUAUUUUGUUGAGGAUCAACGAUUGAACAGAGUUGAUUGGGAAUUGAAGUGUCGAGGUAUUGGUCCGCAGAUGGAGACAUUUGACAUCCUAACAGCAUCGAUGAUUCUACUUAUUGCCGUAUUCGUCAUUGCCAUAGUUGUCCUUUCUUGUGUUUCACUAUCGUAUCGGAAACAGUUGAAGGAAUUGAAGGACCCGGAAAGGCGUCGACUUUUACCAGAUUACCCUGAUAGUGUUAAUGCUUAUGCUUGA